AUGUCUGUUUCUGAAGAGUCGCAUAUGUUAGCCUUCUCCGGCUUUAAACGGCUCCGGCUGUUGAAGUCCGAACCUCCGGGACGUCGUGACGAUCACGAAACCGCCGACGUGGAUGCUGCCUCUCCUUGGUCAACAUGCCAGUAUUAUCGGUGGGUAUCAGAGGCAGCAGCGGAAGCUGAAGGCCCCGCAAAAUCCACAUCGUCUGACCCUUGUGGCAGGAUCGAGGUCAAAAGUAGCCACUUCGAGCGGGCGUUAGUUGAUCGUUUAUCUAGAAAGCUAUCUCAAUGGCGAACAUCUUUAAGCGACGGUGACGACGAGCUCGAUGUAUUGAGCUCCCUCAACGCCUCGAUCGCACGCUACUUUCUACAGAUGUACAACGGUCACGAGCGAUGCAAGAUGCGCCAUGGAUUUUGGGUGUCAUGCACAAGUGAACAUGAAGCGUGGGACUUUUGUUCACGUAUCUGCAGCAGUGGAUUUUGGCUGCGUGGCAGGCAACCCUGGGGUACCCGUAACCGUCGAAUUUACACAAUCGACCUCUGCGAGAGAACAUCAUCUGGAACCCCACUAGGCUGCUGUUACAGUGCUUAUGGAUAUCUCUGUUGUUGCUGCCGAGCAUGCCAAGCCGUAUGCGGCAUGCUUCGGAUGGAGGACGGCGAGCAGGGCCCACAGCCUCGUGGCAAUGGCCUCUACAACAUCAUCGCAAACAAUCUAGGGGACAUUUUGACGUUUCUGGAACACAACUCGCAGCAUAAGAAUAUAGAGCACCAACUCCUCUGUGCCUCUGUGGACGCAUACGUAUCGCAGCGGCGUUCGAAAGAGAUUUGCAGCAGGCUGUGGGAUUUGAAGGAGGGUCGUUUGUCGGAUCCCCCGAAAUAUUGCACCAGGCGGCUGAAGAAUAGCGACAGGAGUAAUAAAACGUCGGGGAAUGACCGCCAUGAUAAAGGUACGGAGGGUGAUUACGAGAACCAGCUGACCCAUGGCUGCGACGAGCACGUCUCAUGCGAGUCCGUCGCUGAGGAUCUGCUGGAAGACUGCGGCUGUUUUUUGUUUUUGAAAAGCGCUAACAAGCUGUUUACCGAACAAAAUGACGACGAUGCUACCGUAAACAAUCGGGCUCUGGUGGUAGACCUUUUACGUGACUACAGCUCCAUGUGGUCUGCAUACAACAUGCCGGUGUACAUGUUCUGCUGUUAUGAGGUCGAGGAGGACAAUGUGCCGUCAUCAGACGCCAUGGUAGAGAACUUUGGAGCGCCGGAUGUGCACAUUGACGGCGCUGAAUAUAUGCUGGGAAGGUUGCAGUAUUUUGAACAUCGCGUCGACCUCACUAGGUCACUCCAAGAGAGAAAUUCUAAACGUGCAAGCUACCUGAGCGACCGACUAAACGUGGCACCCGGGGAGAAACGAGACCACCUGCUGAGCUACCUCGUGUCUCUUACAUCGGGUUACGGGAUGUCGUGCCUCGGCACCAUCGUGCGCAUGGCGUCGUGCGAAUACUUGGCCGCUAUUUCGAAGCGUGGACCCGGUGCUCGCGGCCGUGAUUGCAAGAUAUUUGCCGACAUACAGCUAACUGCGCGGGCCUUCGAGAAGGCUGUGGCCAUACGCCCACCUUUGGCGCUGUCGGUGGGUCUUCCCGGUCUAUGCGUGUUGCCUCACAACACUGGGCAGACCGUAGGCUCAUCGUCCGGGUUCCCACCGCUAAGAGUUGACAACGGCACAAUCAGCGUGCGCCAAGGGUUCGACUCAAUGGUUUUAGGCGAGCCACUACUUGGCAACCUCAGAAAUUUCGUAUCUUCGUGCCUGUCCCACGACGAAUCUUGCGAAACACCGCAACCAUUCGUGACUAUCGAAGGCCCAUCUGGAUGCGGAAAGACGCUUCUGUCGAUUGCUCUGUCACACGAGCUUCGGAGCACAUUGAUAUUGUCGAGCGUUUUGGAUUUCUUACGGCCCCAGGUGGGAGUGAGCGAAAAGUUGGUGCACAGCUUCUUUUCGUCGCUGAGCAGCCAGUUCGUAGAUGUUAAUACGACUGGCCAUCCGCAUGACAGUAUCAUGUUAUCACGGGAUUCAAAGAGCGGUCAUUCACCCGGGAAUACCAGUAGCAGACGAUCAGUGCCACGCUGCGUGGUUGUGUUCGAAGGCGCCGACAGCCUUGCUGAGACAUGUGGAUACAUGAAGAGCCUCUUGUACGCGCUGUGUACCGAACUCGAGCGUUUUAGGGACCUGUGGGAGUGGCAAAGGAGCUGCAGCGUUAUAUUCGUGUUCACAUGCCAGUCGCUGUCGUCUAUACCCAGUCGCCUGCGCGAGGCCUGCAUAAGCCGCCACCGCUACUCGUUGCUGGGCAACGUUUCCACUGAAAACGAGAUCGAGGAGUGCUUCGAGCUGUACCUAAGUGGCCGCGGUACUCUUUUAGACAGGUUCCGGGAGUUGUGGCCGAGCUGGCGUUUGGACGCCACCGUGAUGGCACUGCGGCCGUGUGACAUCGCGCUCCUCUGCCGCACAGCUGCGGUGUGGUCGGUGAGCGGCGUCGUGCCGCUGCCAUCACAUUCGGCGGUACAGAGGCUGGCCGAGUCACUCUGCACCGCUAGAGCGUAG